UUUUUUCCUGUCGUUACGUAUCGUUCCACAUUUUGGAAUCGCACUCGCUGCUUCUAAUAGCGUUUUGCUGCCCUGUUGUGUUGCUAAACGUCUCUUGGUGUCACGUGUUUUUUUUUUUUUUUACAAAUGUCGCAAAUCGUGAUGUGUUCCUGCUAAUAGUCGUCGUGGGUGUCUCCUACCACUAGCACCUCUCGCGGCUGCCGAAAGAAGUGACCACGUGGUGUGAAGUGCGUUCGGCUCAGCGUCGUCGAAGACAACCGCCUCCCGCGUGCUGGCCGGCACUGACCAGCUUAUAGCUUUGAAAGCGCGAAUGUGGACUCGUGUGAUUCGUUGGAACACCUCGUCCAGCUACCUGGAAUAACCGGUUCAAGUGUUUUUCCGGCUGCCGCUUCCAUUGUGACUGUUGCUACUGCCGUGACUGUCGUUACUGUUCCGAGCCUGCCCCCCUUUUGUCCCCCUUUUGUUGUCCUGUGUUUCGGAAACUUUCCGUCGCGCUAAAGCCCGCCGUUGGUGGUCACCUGUCCUGUGCUGCCCGUUGUUUUGUGCGGUGUGACUGUGCCGAAGGCAUGACCGAUAAGGAGAUUGCCAAAAUAGAGGCGAUCGUCGAGCGUAUUUGUCCGAGAACGAUGAACUCACCGGUGGGCAAGGACCAGCCUGACCCGGACGCCAUCAAGAUGUUUGUCGGCCAGAUUCCGCGGUCGUGGGACGAGACCGACCUGAAGAAGAUGUUCGAGGACUUUGGGCCCGUCUACCAGAUCAACGUGCUCCGGGACAAGGCCACCGGAACGAGCCGAGGCUGCUGCUUCGUCACAUUCUACACGCGCAAGUCUGCCCUGGACGCCCAGAACGAGCUACACAACAUGAAGACCCUUCCCGGGAUGCAUCAUCCGAUACAGAUGAAACCGGCUGACAGCGAAAACAGGAAUGAGCGCAAGCUGUUCAUCGGCAUGCUGGCCAAGGAGUGCAACGAAAAUGACGUUCGAGUGAUGUUCGCGCCCUUCGGCACCAUCGAGGAGUGCACUGUUCUGAGGGACGGCAACGGACAGAGCAAAGGCUGCGCGUUUGUCACGUACGCCAGCAGACAGUGCGCCAUCAACGCCAUCAAAGCCAUGAAUCACUCGCAGACCAUGAAGGGUUGCAACAACCCGAUGGUGGUGAAGUUCGCCGACACGCAGAAGGAGAAGGAGCAGAAGCGUCAGCAGCAGGUCAUGACCAACCUGUGGACCAUGGCCAACUUCGUCAACCUCGGCACGGUCACGCCACAGUAUCUCGCCCAAGCCGCCCAGGCAGGUGCGUUUCCAGGCUUUGCCAAUCUUCCGCAGCUGAGCAGUGAACAUCGGAGGUUGAGUCUCGGAUCCCUGAAUGUGCAGCAGCAACUGGCAGCCCUGGCGGCAGCCCAGGCAUCGGCCAACAACUCCAGCACAGGGCUGAACUCGCUCGGUCUCCAGGGUCUCACGGGGCAGGGAGUCACCAGUGCUUUGGCUUUGCCCAGCUCUGGUAACAACUCCACCGACCUCAGCUGUGCGAACUUACAAAGCCUCGCUGCACUUGCGAACCUAGCCAACAGCCCAGGCAUCAACCCCAUGGUAGUGCAGAACCUUGCAGCACUAGCGGCAGCCGGAAGCGGAAACAGCUCUGCCGGGAUUCCGGGGCUCUCGGCGGCGGGAAACGUGUCUGGCAGCACGUCAAGCGGCAAUUCAUCCCUGAGUGGCGUCAGCUCUUUGAGUCCCGUGUCCAGUAUGGCCCUGGGUAUGAGCACCAACUCGCUCACAACUAUGGGCGCGCUCACUAACGUCAAUGGCGCUGGUGGUCUGACUGCCAACGGUCCGAGCCUGGAUGCCCUGGCACAGGCCUAUUCUGGUAUGCAGCAGUAUCCAUCUGUGCCUGGAGCUUUUGCGCAGAUUGGUCUACAGCAGUCGCAGAACCCUGUUGGAAAGCAGGUUGAAGAGUGCUUCUUCGCGGCUGCCUCGUACGCAGGUCCCGAGGGGGCCAACCUCUUCAUCUACCACCUGCCUCAAGAGUUCACCGACAGUGACUUGGCGCAAACCUUCAUGCCCUUCGGCAACGUCAUCUCCGCCAAGGUGUUCAUCGACAAGCAGACCAACCUCAGCAAGUGCUUUGGUUUUGUGAGCUACGACAACUCGCUAAGCGCGCAGGCGGCCAUUCAGGCGAUGAACGGCUUCCAGAUCGGCACCAAGCGACUCAAAGUGCAGCUCAAGCGGUCGAAAGACGCCAGCAAGCCCUACUGAGACUAUGACCUCCCCCUCCACCCCUCUUGACUUGAGGCGGACACCCAGGAAAUGCCUGGAACGUUCAUUGUCUCCUGUCCUGUGUCACGUGAGCAGUCCUGCGCUUAAGCCUGCACAUGCGCGACGCACGCCAGCACUACGACGGCUACACAUUCGCCCUCUCCACCCUUCUCGUAACCCCAACCUGUGUGCGUGGGGCCUCUGGCAGACUUUCUUUUUUUUUAAUGACGCAGCGAGCGUUAAAACGGAUUCCAAAAAAAGCCAAAAAGGAAGGAGAAGGAAGAGAAAGAAAUGUGGCAGCAGGCCGAGAGUGAAAAGCAGGAAAGAAAAAAAGACAACCACGAGACUGUCGCCAGUUUUUUGUGCUUCUCUCUCCUUUUUUUUUUCUUUACCUAUCUUCAUUUUGUCCGUGGUGCCACAACGACACAAUGUGAAACGCGCGACGCGUCUCUUUUUCGCCCCACGAAGAGCAGAUGGGUGAGUGAGAUGCCGAGGCAAAGAACUCUUCCGAGACAGAGGAGCGUGCAUUGUGUAGUGCUGUGGCAUGUCGGUGUUCACUUCCUAUUUGUCAUGUUUCUUCAGACAUAUGCGAUUUCUCGUCAACACCUUCUUGUCAUCGUUCUCACAACUGAGAAAACGAGAAGAAAUGAGAGCGAUAUCACACCCUUUUUCGCCGCCUUUCUAUUUUUUUCGGUUAAUUUUUUAAUUUAAUUUUCUGUUUAUAUCGCUUUGUCGAGCUAGGUCUUGUUCUCGGUCUUGCAGAGACCUACAGGAAAGCUUCCUUCGGCAUUUGGUCCUUUCAAAGUUCAGUGUAACCCGGCGGCCCAGCCGGAAUGGGUAUGACAAGUUAUGCGUUGUCCUGCUCUGUUUGUAGUGUCGAUUUGUCCCACAUAGUGCAGGUAGGCGAGUGGCAGGCAUUGUUCUUGUGUUUUUUUUUUUACAAGCUCAUUGAAGUUUGGCUGCUCCGCUCUAAGCGAACAACGAACCACAAAAGAAGCACAAUGGCAAACCACAUCCGCGCAACUAUUGAUCUAGAGUUUCGCAGGAGAGAGAAAAGAAAUUGGUUGAUGAACAUGUAUUGCCAUUUUGUCUAACAGCCUGCGUUGUACUCAUAGCUGUACGAUGAUGCUUGCAUACCUCAUCACGAGAUUCGAGAGCUUCUGGUUGAAGUCUAGAGAGCUGUGUUUGUGUUGAAACUGGACCAACUGCCCGAAGUAAGUCGCCCACGGAGUGGUCUGGGUCAUUAUGGUUUGGCUCGGGUAAAAAUUUAUUUAUAUUACUGGCUGCCAUUUACUACCGAAUAUUGGUAGCAUAUCGGACGUUCGCUUCUGCGCUGUCUGCGCAGUUUUGCCUAACGCGUUUUCUGGGCAGGUAAACGGAAACACGUAAAUGGAAUCUUUACUGGCACUUCCAGACGGGCUCCUGCAGAUGCCCGGACUGACGACUUCAGCAAAGUUUUUCCUCAGCUUCUCAUGAUUUCGCCAGCUGCAAAGGGAGCACAAUGUGGAGUUUUUCUUUGAUUAAACCCGGCGUCACGUUCACAUUCAAAUGUCUAUUCCACACCACGAGAUAAUGCAAAACAUGCUUCAGCCAGAGUAGCCAUGCAUGGCAAGGUAGCAUGGCAUGGCAUGGUACCAUGCCAUGCCGCACCAAAAAUAGAUUGAGAGUUUGCAUAAACUGCGGUGGAAUUCUCUGGAGCUACUCAGUGCCCUACAGCGUAAUUCAGCAAGGUACAGAAUUUAGUGAGGAAUCCAUUUACGUGCUUCACGUUCUACGUACUUUUGGUGCAGACUGCUGCUUAUUAUCAUUAUUUCUUGCCAGGCGCCAAAUCAUGGACCACUUCGUGGGUUCUGUCGGUCUGCGCAGUGUCAGUGCACAUGGCUGCCACUGUUAUUGGUCCGUGUUGUCUUUGGGUGAGCGUGCGUAUCGUGUGUGUUUAAAAAGAAAACAGCUUCCGUCGCAGCUCUUCGUUGCCGGGAAUGACUUCAGGGUGAGACUUUUCAUUGUUCGUUCUUGUGAAAGCGGUGUUAAAAAAAAUCGUGUGAAGUGUGAACGGCGGUGUACUAAUAUAUGUUGUAGUUGCCGUCGGUGUCCUUUUUUUUCCCGAGAAGUAUGUCUUGGGACCUGCGGGAAAACAAAGAGAGGAAUCGUCUCAAUGUGUGCAGUUCCGAAGGUGUCAUGAACGUCUUGUUUGGUUUUCAAUGUCGCAUUUGACAAAGUCAUUGGGGUGGUGUGGUGUGUGUCCAAGUAGAGUCUAGGACAUCUACUACAAAGACGGAUGAAAAAAAAAUGGAACGCUUGCAGCAGACAACACGCGGCAGAUGUGUUUCCCCCUUUAGUGUGUUUCCCCCUUUAGUGUGUUUCUUUUUUUUUCGCUUUGCCUCGAUAAGGUGUCCAGCCAAGCUGUGUUGUUUGACAAAAAGCGUUUCCAAAUUUUGUUGUCUUUAUCUUUUUUCUAUGGUGUGUGGUUGUCUUGAUAUAUGGAUUACAAGGUUUAUUUGAUACACGUGUGGUGGUGUUUGUGGCACGUGACGGUUAACUAAAACAAGUUUUAGUUUGUCUUUUUCCUUCUCACGUGGUUGGUGUCGUGUAAUCAUGUUUCUUUUUGUGCUUGACAUUUCUGUUUCCUUUCAUAUUUUUUGCGUUGACUCUUGUCAAUUGAUUGCACUGUAGGUUUUUUUUGUCGAGCAUAUUUUUUUGUUCCGGUAUAGAUUGUGGUUGCAAUCUUUUGUUUUGUUUUCAAGUGUAUCAGGUGUGUACUGUACCUCCCUUUUUUUCACAUUCUCAGUCAGGGUAUGCAUAAUGGUAACCCUUAGUAGUGGUGUAACAUAAGAGUUUUUUUCGUAUUAUAUCUUGUUCGAUACUUGUCUUGGCCAGUUGCAAUUUCUUCCUACCACAUUUCUCUGUUUUUUUUGUUGUUUUUUUUUUCACGUUGUAUAUCUUUUUGCUUUUCGGUGUUUGUCAGAAGUAUAUGGUUUGUUGUCCGACAAAAUUUGACUGCAUGAGCACAUCAGCGCAUGGAUUUUUAUUUGUUCUGUUGUUCACAUUUUUGUGCCAUUACAGAGGCUCUAAAUGCUCCUUUCUAUGUGGAAGAUUCCUUUAGAAAUUUACAUUGCAUUUUUUAUGUCAGCAAAGCCAAAAAAUGCACUUUUUUCGUUGUGUGCCCGAGGCAUUUUCUCGCGCUCAUGGCAGACUGGCAAUUGAAGUGUACCAUGGUAUCAGUGCACAUGUAUAAUGUGGGCAGACUGAAGUUUAUAGGUUUCUGUUUUUUUUUUUUUGUUUUGUCUUGUUUUUGUCAAGAUAAGAGAAUAAUUAUUAUCACUAAGUCUGCGGUUUGACAUGCUUUUGCAGUGCAGUUAGCCGUGAACGUGCUUGACGACUGUUCUUACUGGAAUGCUGUCCGGCUAAUAAUGCUUUUGUAAUGUCAUCAACUUUCUUAAUGGCUCUCGGUUCACUUCGCUUAUGUGCAAGAUCUGCACACAUGUAAUGUUUUGUUUUUGCUUCAUCAAUUGAACUACAGCACGUUGCCUGAAGAUUGAUUUCUGCCUUGUCAUCUGCUACAACUCUCAUAGUCUGCAAUGGCUUGCUAAGGGAUCAAUGCGUCUAGACUGUUCUGGAGUCUCACUACACUAGCGUUAAUUCUUUUCAAUGCUUACUGUCAAAGAUCUUACACUCUUUCUGGUGCAUGUCUACUGCGUGACAACCAUAUUUGCACCUUCUUUUGAGGAAGUAAUGAUUCCGCACCUUUAAGCACUAAAUUGCUGGAAAAGCAGCCUAUAGUGCAAUUUAAUCGAAAAGUAAGGUAAUCUGACGAGGUGGCGGUAAUGUCCGUGAAGUUUGGCUGCACCACACGUGGUGUUAUAUUCUUGACAGUGUAGCCUUGACAGUGUAGCCUUGACAGUGUAACCUUGACAGUGUCCUUGACCAUGUAGCCAAAAUCCUGCCUGCUGUCAGUGCUUUGCCAGCAUCACCGGCAUGCGUGGACCAACACACGAAUGUGGAACGCCAACUUUAUCUCUUGCUUAUUAGAAUUGAUCGUUUGGACAGAAAAGAAACUUCUCUUCCUGGGGUUCACUCAGUUGUGUCGUUCCGCGUUAGCAAGUCGGCCUGUUUUUCAAGUCUCCACCUGAAAGUGAGAAAUUUGAUUCGAUUGAACUGCUUCACAGGUAGGUCAUGAUGUAUCCUUCAAAGGCUGAGCACACACUCGGUGAUGAUACUCCUACUGCUGCGUACCAUUAUAACAUGAAAGUGGAAGUCACUCUUUGCUAAACAUGCGGCUGCUUCGUCAAAAGGUGUGGGCUUUGUGGUUAUUUACUGAACACAGUUGGCAAAUGACAUUUUCCACCUACGUGAAAAAAAACUGGUUGCACAGUGGUACUAAGGGGCAACAUGUACAGGCAUAGCAUAUUCAUUGCUUUGCUUCGGGGUACUCUCGUUGGGGAGCACACCUUCAAAGAAUUUAGUCACCUUCCUUCUUAGUACUCCCUUUAAGGUGUGCAAAGGGUAUACUUCACAAAAAAGUUAUGUGAUCAAUGUACACCCCUUAGGGUGCAAUUUCGUCAGCUAUAGAUGUCAUGUCCAGUGCUGCGUCUCGUGUCUUUUCCAUCACAAAUGUUGUGAGUGUCCAUGAGUGCACCGUGAGUCUCCUCACAUGAAAAAAAAUCGUGCGAGCACACGUGGUUAAUGCCGAUUUGUCUCUCGUCGAAAUUGCAGCUAGUGGGGUGUACAAGGUUCGGGAGUCAAUUGAUAAUUACUGGACAGUUUUUCCCUAGAGCCUCGUUGGUCCGAUUCGUGCUGCUGGCUUAACAGAUGACUAGUAUUUGAGAUCGGCUUGACUCGGUAAAUAUUUGGCUCUAGACGUGAAGCGCGGGCAUGCCUGGUAGCGCGCUUUUUUUUUACCAUGCCACGAUGUCCCUAAGGAUAACCUCGGCAGUGUCAGUCUACUGUACCAUACAAUGAACGGGGUGUAAUGAGCAGAAAAACAGAAACGCGUCUCCUGCUCUGCAUAUGGAGACCCCUUGACAACAGGACACAAUAUCACCACUUCUGUUGCGCCAUGUCUGGUUCCCCAACAAAUGUGCAAGAAGUAUAUAUAUAUUUGUGCCAAAUGCGUUAGACACCAGAAACCAAAAAGGAAAGGUGAGAGACAUCAAUGUCGCCGUUUUAUGCGAACGUGUCCUGACGCAGACCCCACACAUGAAGCUGGGGCAAAGAAAAGUAUUUGACCAUUUUUUCGUGUGACGUGUCCAGUUCACCAUCUUUGUUCGUUGUCUGGGCCCCCGACUGUUUCUCGUGAGGACGGGCCCUUUACUGUAACGUGGUGAUGAAAAACCCCAGUUUCGUGAAAGAAAAAAAAAAAAGAACCUUGUCGGUCUUAACUGUGGCUUGUCGGUCUCAACUCUCUCCCGAGUCGUACUGUCGUCCCCCCUCGCAUCAGUGUUAAAUUAAUUUAUUAGCUUUAAGUGUAGGUUCGGCGUGCCGUCUUUAUGCUUUUGUGCUCGGGUUUGUCCCAAAAAAUGCUGUUCCAUUAAUUUUUCUCGAUUUGUGGCGGUCGCUUCUUUCAAAAAAAAAAAAUGACAUCAUUUGUAACGCGACUUGAAGGUACUCAACAUAGAGUACAUUACUCGAGCAUUUUUUUUUCAUGUUGUGAUCAGUUUUUUUUUUUCUUUCUUCUCAGUUCAUUUUUGCAAGUACAGAGACGAAUGCUUGUUGCAACAUGUCCGAUCACUUUCUGGUCAAGCUGUUCUUGCGCAAUCUGACAAGGCCGAACAUGAAGGAUGGCGCAGUACGGAGCUUUAUUGUGGCGAGGGCCAUUUAGAACAUGCUAGGUACACAUACGAAACGUGCUGUGGACUACUAUUUUUGAUGCUAAACUUUCAAGAUGAAAAACAAGGAGCAGCUACCGUUAUGCACAGUUCAGUCCCACUGUAGUAGUGUUCAGCGUGGCACACGAGUGAACGUCAAGCAUACGAUCGCUUUGAGGCUGAAAAAUUCGGCUGCUCAUUGAAAAAAAGCCCACAUUUCACAUUCUCCGGCUCAUCUCGAAGCAGGAUAAUGGGGGGAGGGGGAAGAAAAUGUUUGUUGAGCUUGUUCAAAAGUGCUUACACUUACACUGCACAUCAAGUGGGUACCCUUACAAGGCCUAUGUGAUGAUGCAAGUCGUGUCUGUAGCGUUCGAGAGUUUGGCGAGAUGUGCUUUCAAAGAGAUUGAUUAUUGUCGUCGCCCAACAGUGCUGGUUGUUCCAAACACAUUGUGUUCGCAGCAUACAUUCUGAUACCCCGAAGAUAGCGAUUCAGGUUCGGGGUGCACGGUAUCGGCCGGCCAUUGAAACUUGCAUCACGGGUCUGUGCUACCGAACACACCGAUACCGAACACACAUCCUACUGUCGCUGAAGUGUGGUACCCUGAGGUACACGCAGUCCUUAUGGACACACCGACCGUCACACAGCUGUAAAGGAAACAACGCAUAAACGUAAAGCAGAGCACAGUGUAGUCUUCGUCACGUAAAAACUUCACACGCACGCAAACACAAAUACAUGUGCAUUUGUACGUCGAGAAACAUGUUCAACAAGUGAGGAACGGCACAUACAGUUCUGUUUUGUUCGAUCCUUCCUUCUUUUUGAGUCUUGAUACCGAAUGUAUAGUCACUUCAUAGAGAUAUAUAUAUGUCGUCGGGAAAGUAACAACAAAAGAGCCUCGUCAUGUGUCUUGAAGUUCCCCUCUUGUCCUGGAUAUGCCUUCCCCGUUCGUGUUCGUGAAUCUUGCUGUGUAAUUGUGCGUGAAAUACACAAAAAAAAACAUUUAAGUGAAACUACCACUUGUGAGUGUUAUGUAAAAGCAAAGACAUAAGAGAGGGGUAAAAAAAAAAAAGUAAAUACCAGGGCCGCAGUUGGAGGAGAGCAUUAUGUGUUUCUAUACAGUGCAAAAGCGAUUAUUUUUGUACCUGAAGACAAAAGAAGAGUUGGGCCCUCAAAGGUGGCCUCUUUUUUUUUUCUCCCUGUAACUUGUAUUGUUGUUUUAUUUUUCUUUCUGCAGCUCCUUACGCUUAAGUUCCUGUGAGUGGGAACCAUGCUGCGAGGUUAAAGGGGUAACCUCAAUUUGCUUUGCUACUAUGUGAAGAUGCCGCCGCGUAAUUUUCAGUCUUAAAGAUCUCUGACUCAGAUUGAAACCGUAUGUAUAGCUUUGAAGUAGCAAUUUUUAUUUAAUGCGUGUUCUUAAGUCUAGAGUAGCUGUUUCCAUCAUUUAGCAUAACUGCCUUGCUUCGGCUACCACCCCCGUUUGUUUAGAAGUGCUGGUUUAUUAUUUCAUUGUUAUGCUGUUGUAUCUUUUUUUGAAUGUCUUUUUUUUUUUUUGGACAACAGCAAGCAGUCACAUUCUGCAAAAGCUAAGAAGAUUUAUACGAUCUGCUAACUUCAAUAUUAUUCUUUUUGCUUACUGACCUGUUGUAGUUUUAGUUGUCUGUGUAUUGUUUAGGCCAAGAAAUAACCAUGUUCACUAUUAAACAUGCAUAGAAAUUGAACUGGUUGCACACCUCAGCUUCUGAGGUGAUUACAUAUACAAGGUCAGCUUCACUAGCUAAUACUGAUCUACGGUGGCACUCUAGUAAAAAAUCAUGGGUCCUCCUAAAGCUAAGUUUCUUCAGUGGCAUAGCUCUAGCUUCUUUGUUGGAAUUUAGGCAGCAAGGCUGAAAUAUCACUUAACGGUGCGAGCAGUGUAGUAAGUUCCCAGUCUCCUGUUCUAUAUCCAAAUUUGUUAUCGUACAUGCAAUUGGUACAUUUUUCAGGUGCUUAGUUUCAGUAGAUCGGUAACGCGAGUUUGCCUACACCAUUGCGAGGUUCGACAUAGCAAACACACCGCUGUAGUGAUAGCGUCAGACACAUGUCGCAAAAAUGGCAAAACUGGGAUCAUUUGUCCUCUUGCGUUCAAUUGUGGUAGAACCGGUCGCAGUGAAAUUCACACUAGAAUAGCCUCCCUCCUUCAUUAAACUUUUUAAUAUUGUAAUCGGUCUUUGUGUUCAUGGAAACGUCACUGAUUGAAUUAAGUACUCUUCACUUAAUCUGCUUUCACUCUUGCUAAGUUUAGAAAAAACUAUGUGGCGGCGCUCAUUGAGUAAAACAGCAUUGUCUGCUGUGUUGCACAAGAUAUGAGUAGUGGUAACCUUUCAAGUGUUCGGGAGUUGCCCCUUGCUUGAUUUCUGAUGGGAAGCUUAAGCAGCCAGCCUUUCUUUAUUACGUUCAUUAUUUUUUGUGAAGAUAUACCUCCCUUGUGCUAAAAGCAAGUAUCCUUGCCCAAGGGGUAACAGGAAAAAGCAUUUGCCUUUUUCUAAACCUGACGAGCUGCUUUGGGGUGUUGUUUUUUUAAGCUUAUUUUUCUCACCUGUACUUGGAGAAUAUUGUUUGUCCACGUAUAAACUUUUCUCUGCUGCAUCACUGGAAUGAGAAAAAAACGUGAGGUGGGCUUCUGUUUGCACCAUCCUUUUGUUGCUGUGCUUAUUUCUCUGACUCCGCCUACAGGCGCCCCGUUAGAAACAUAUAUAUAGAAAAAAAAUGCGGUUGCGUAGUUUGACACCCUCGAGGGGGUGUUCACACAGCAGCGUGCGGCUGGUUUGCACCCUGCGCUCGACUCCUUUUUACUCCCCCUCGCAGGGUGUGAAUUGUGCUCCCUUAUUUUAGGGUAUCAAGCAAAGUCACGCCAGUUUCUCUCUCGUGCCCAUGUAAGGAAUGAAAGGCAUACAUGGCGUUUGGUGGAGACCCACCCUUUCAGCCCUUGUACCGUGCCCACUGUGUGGUUAUGUCGUGGGCUCAUCGAAGAAGAAAAAAGGCUUAUUUUUAUCGCUGUCAAAGCGUAUGUAUCUGUGUUUGUGUGACCCUGGAUUUUUUCUGUUCUUUACAAUGUAUCACUUCUGUCUACCCUCUAUUCCUUUUUUUUUUCUCAAGUAUUCUCAUUCUCUGUUCAUGCCUCGGAGUAGUGGAGUUGUGUAUAUGCAUCUCUGUUCCAUUCAGUGCUGACUGCAGUGCCGCACUGAGAAGCCAUUUUUUUUUCUUUUGGGUUUACGAGAAUUUGAAUAAAAACACCCAGAGUAAUGGAAA